CACUAGGGUCAAAGGAUCAUCACACGUUAAACUCCGCCUUACAGAAACUUGCACUUCGUAUCUUCAUCGUCACUAAAAUAAGCAUUGGACCGUAAUUCAGCUUUAAUUUAGUAAGACGACAUAUAGAUAAUAUCCGCAUCUGAGGAGACGCGUUGAGGGAAUGGACGCCUCAGGCUCCGGUGACCCCAGUGGGACUUCACGGGCAUCUAAUGCAGGGGGUGGCAGAGGGGUGGUGAUGGGUCGAAGGCUGCCAGCUUCCAUCACUCCAGGACGCCUCCCUGCAAUGCGCUCCAGAGAUCUCACUUUAGGUGGUGUCAAAAAGAAAACCUUUACCCCAAAUAUUAUUGGACGAAAGUCUAAAGAAGAGUUAAAUGUAGAUGAGGGAAAAAAGCGAGAAAGGAGGGAUGUAGAUCGAGGCAGACAGCGGGAUGGCCGAGGGAGAGGCCGGGGGCGUCCUGAGGUCAUCCAAUCACACUCCAUCUUUGAGCAGGGUCCUGCAGAGAUGAUGGCCAAAAAAAGAGGUGUAUAUGAUGAUGUCAGAGAAACGGCAAACAGCGGCCCGUCUCCCAUUAUCAACAUCAAAAAGGAGAGAGAGACUGAAGAGGAGACUAAAGAGAUUCUGCGCAAACUUGAGAAGGACGAUCUUCUGGAUGAUGCUCAUCUGAGAGGUGAAGUUGGAAGCUGUCCGGUUCAGCUGCCUCUGGCCGUGUCUGGAUGGGUCUUCAAAGAGGAGCUUGGUGAAGAGACCGAGAACUCCGAAACUGAACCAAUGAUCACAGACAGCACUGGAGCUGAAGUGAAGGUCAAGCAGGAGCCUUUGGAAGGAUCGCAAACGAAAAAGGCGGAGACAAUGUUCAGACCACCCCCCCUGCCCGAGCCUGGUUUGCUACCUGAUUUACUCGAGGUGUGGAAUUACUGCAAAGAGGAGGAACUUCUCUUCAUGCAGCUCCCUGAUUCGCUGCCAGGGCAACCACCCACCAUUGAUGUCAGGCCUUUAAAAACAGAGGUGCAGUCGAGUGAUGGACAGACUAUGCUGCAGACGACUGAGAACCAGGAGGACUCUCAAGACGAGAACAGUUGUUUUCUUAAGGAUCUGCAGGAGGGUUUGGUGGGGAAGAUGCUUGUAAGAAAGUCAGGCAAAGUCCAGCUUAUCAUGGGUAACGUAACCCUGGACGUGGCCCUGGGAACUCCAUGCGCCUUUCUGCAGGAAUUGGUAUCAGUCAAUACAGAAGGCAGAAGAGGAGAUAUGUCUGUCCUAGGCCACAUUAAACACAAGCUGGUUUGUUCACCCGAUUUCCAGGCUCUUCUAGAAAACAGAGCUUGAGAAUCUGCUGCUGAAACUUCCAAUGUUUCUCUAUGAAUGAAACAGCUUCAUACUCCGAACAGUGGGAGAGAAUGUCCCCGUGCCUAGUCACAUAAAAAUGAUUUAUGCUCUUAUUUAUAUAAGAGUUUACAGGUCAUGUCGUAUCCAACAGGGCUUUAUGUGAGACACUCAUGUAUGUACAUAUUGAAGGCUAGUAUAAAUAAGUUUGUAAAAAAAUAGGUUUGAAGUGUAAAAUAUUCAGUUAAUAAAAAGUACCUCAAUUGA